AGAGUAAUAUUAGCAGUGAUAUUAUCAGGCUGUCAAUUGUGAGUAUGGCGCGGAAUUUAGUAUGUUGUCUCCGCUGCCUUGCCGUGACACACACGUGUACCGCUCACACAGCUGUUCUGUCACUGUGUUCAUGGCACAUGGCAGCCGUGACACACAGUGACAAACCGUAUGCAGCAUGUACGGUGAAGCGGCCGCCGUCACCUCACGGCUCCGGGCACCGAAAGUUAUAGCGCCCUUUCGCAAAGGGAACAAGUUCAGCGGCUGCUCUCUGGGGAUAGGCUGAUGUCCCGUGAUGUCAUAGGGGGUGUUGUUAUAAGCCAGCGCAGGCAGAAAGUAGUACAGAGCUUGCUGUUGACUGGCAGGAGUUCGGGUGCAUCCUCUCUCACCCCUUGUCAAUAAGGCUUUUUGCUGGAGCAGAUGUACGGCGCUGGGCAUUUGGGCUCCCCCAUGGGGUGAACGCACAAAGAACGAGGGGGGGCAAAAAAAAAGGAUAACAGCUUUCAUGCAGCACGACAGUAUCUGCAGCACCCGAUGAAAAAGUCAGAUUGGCUUAAAAGAAGAAGAAAAGUUAAGGACUGCAAAGCCAUGGAGUUAUCGGUUACCCCCAGCCUUAACGCCACCGUGGGGAUGGUCAACUUCACCAAUGGCAGUAACAUGACCAAGCCCGGGGAAGCGUGGAUGGUGGGAAUGGGCAUUGUGAUGUCUGUCAUAGUCCUGGUCAUUGUGUUUGGCAACGUCCUGGUGAUCACAGCUAUUGCCAAGUUCCAGAGGCUCCAGACAGUCACCAACUACUUCAUCACGUCCUUGGCCUGCGCUGACCUGGUGAUGGGGCUGAUCGUGGUGCCCUUUGGGGCCAGCUCCAUCAUACUGAACAUAUGGGAGUUUGGCAACCUGUGGUGUCAGUUCUGGACGGCGGUGGAUAUCCUGUGUGUCACUGCCAGCAUAGAGACCCUCUGUGUCAUAGCAGUGGACAGGUAUUUUGCCAUCACCUCUCCGUUCAGGUAUCAAAGCCUGUUGACCAAGUGCAAAGCCAGGAUCGUCAUCCUGUUAGUUUGGGUGGUAUCUGCCCUGACCUCGUUUCUCCCCAUCUACAUGGAGUGGUAUAAGACUGGUGAUCAGAAAGCCAAUGAAUGUUACGUGGAGGAAACUUGUUGCUAUUUCUACACCAACCCAGCCUAUGCCAUAUCAUCGUCAAUCAUCUCAUUCUACCUGCCCCUGGUGGUUAUGAUCUUCGUGUAUUCCAGGGUCUUUCAGGAGGCCAAGAAACAGCUGAAGAAGAUAGACAAAUGCGAGGGGAGGUUCCAUAACCAGAACAACCAGCAGGAUCCUAAUGGCAAACAAAGCAACCGAAGGACCUCCAAGUUUUGCUUGAAGGAGCACAAAGCACUGAAAACGUUGGGCAUUAUCAUGGGCACUUUUACCCUCUGCUGGCUCCCCUUCUUCAUUGUCAACAUUGUCCAGGUGAUGUACAGUGACGUCAUCCCCGACUACGUUUAUACCUUCUUGAACUGGGUGGGAUACGUCAACUCUGCCUUUAACCCGUUAAUCUACUGCAGGAGCCCCGACUUCAGGUACGCUUUCCAGGAGCUGCUCUGCCUAAGGAAACCGGGAUCCAAGCACUAUGUCAACGGGUAUCCUCAGAGCAACGGGAACAGCGUCUACAACGAAGAGACAGAGGCGACUCCCUUGGGGAAGGAGAGAACUUGUGAAGUUUUAUUUAAGGAACACAAGUGCCCCAGUGAGUCCCUGCUAAACUGCGAAGGAACUGUGCUAGAUUAUAGUAUGGAGCCACUGGGCAGGAACCAUGACACGCAUGAUGAUUGCUUAUUAUAGGAAAUUGGUAUUUGAAAAAUAUAUAUUUUUUUUAAUUUUAAUUUUUUUUUUUAACGAAAAGUUCAACAAACUGGAUCAUGGCAAUAGAAGGGUCAAAACUCUAUUUUAAUGUAAGAUACAGAGGAAAUGGAUGUCUCUAUAUAAGUUUUAUUUUGCAGAUGGGCGGUGCCUAUGUCUUGCAAGAUGUGUACAUUUAGUAGGCAAGUGAUCAUUCUGUAUAGUUUCACUUCUUAAAUUAAGGUAAGCAAAUGUUGAUAUAAGAACUGCAGCUUUAUUUUGUUUCUCUUCUAUUUACAAAUGAAGAAUCUACCUCAUGGAACUGAGAGAGAGAAAAAAUGAAUUCUAAAGUGACACUGUUUAUGUUUCUAUAUGUUUCUUGCAUGUGUUAUUUUUUGUGUCUUUUUACAGCAAAAACAAACACACAAGUGUUGGAGAGGCUGGUCUCUCCAGCAGUUAACUGACUUGUAUUGGUGGAUGUGAUUCCCAGAUGUAUUUUCUGGAUCUAACGACUAGAAUGCAGUGAAUUGUAGGUGAAAACCCCCCAAAACAACCUCAAAUCUCAAUUCCUUAACCUCAUUCUUCCACUUAUUCAUCUUUUAAAAUCCCAUUCAGAUUAGAUUGUCAGAUGAUGACCAAAAGUGGCCUCUGUGGUUAAUGGGGUUAAAGGCCAGUUUGAGUAGACCUAAUUUUAGUAGCAAAGUCCAAAGUUGAUUUGGAGAACCCAUCCCCUUCACAACCAACCAAGAUCUAAUAGUCAUACCAGAUUAUUAACCUCUUUUAUUCUGUGUAAAUCCACUGCCCCGCAUACUCUCAUCAAUAGAGAACGAGUCCCCGCAGCCCAGUAAAAAGAAGUCUGGGGCAGUGCAGGAGCCACUGUAAAUGAAUCAGCCUUAUUUUCUAGACAGAGAAGAACAGAUGUUUCCCGCUGGUGUAUUAAAUGCCUGCUAAAAAAUGAAGCUCUCUACUGCAAGUUAAUCAAUUAACUGGAGCAGUCCUGCUGGUUCAGACAGGUUUCUGGCCAGAUAUGUGUCACCAAGCAAUUUCUCAUUCCCCGCAUCUACUUUAACUAACUAUAGAUAUAAUUGAGUACUUCUAAAUACAUCUAAGUAGCCACCAAUGAAAUAAAUUAGCCAGAUAGACUAUUUCCAGAGCUUACGUGAUCUGGUACAGGGAAGCCUUUUUUUACUUCUGGUUUUAAGCAUUCCAAGUUAAUCAAUUACAGCUUCUGGAUCAAAUAUAGACGAUAUGGUCUAUUCUGCCGCUAUAUGUCGCUUCCUGGGGGGGGGGUCCUCUGUUACUAUUAGGUGGGUGAUGAGUUCUCUGGAUCAGAUUAAACACUCAUUUUGGUUGCGCAUGUCCACAGAUAAUAUACAUUUCCACCUCACAGCAUGCAGGGUCACCAGGAGAUCAGCUAUUUGCACAUUUCCAAGCCGUACAGUAUUGUAUGUUGCUCUCAUUAAAAGUCAUUGUACUAUU